GCUAGUCGGGCGGGUGCGCGGGGCGCUCGGGGCCCGGGGCCAGAGCUGGAGCCGGAGCCGGGCGGGCGCCAUGGAGGGGCUGCGGCGGGGGCUGUCGCGCUGGAAGCGCUACCACAUCAAGGUGCACCUGGCGGACGAGGCGCUGCUGCUACCGCUGACCGUGCGGCCGCGGGACACGCUCAGCGACCUGCGCGUGCAGCUGGUGGGCCGGGGCGUGAGCUCCUGGAAGCGCGCCUUCUGCUGCAACGCGCGGCGGCUGGACGGCUCGGUGCCGCUGCUCGUCAGCGACCCCAGCGAGGCGCAGCGGCUCACACCUGCAAUCCCAGCACUUUGGGAGGCUGAGGCAAGCAGAUCACUUGAGUCCAGGAGUUCAAGACCAGCCUGGCCAACAUGGUGA